ACGAGCGAGACGCGCUCAGUCCUCCCGAGACUCGAGACGCGCCCACUCACUAUGGCGGCCGCCGUGGCAGAAGUUUCCCGCGGGCUCCGGGCCCUGUUGGUGCGAAGACUUGUGGCUCCCCACCAGCCAUAUCUGGGAGUUGACCCCCAACCCCUGAGUUCCUCUGCAUCCACGGAGAAGCCAGCCAAGGCAGAGCCCCCAGAGGGCCCAGACUACAGCUAUGAGUCUCUGCAGGUGACAUCGGUCCCGGGACACAUCCUGCAUGUGCAGCUCAACCGACCCGAGAAGAGGAACGCCAUGAACAGGGCUUUCUGGAGAGAGAUGGUGGAGUGCUUCAACAAGAUCGCCAGAGACAGCAGCUGCCGUGCCGUGGUGAUCUCUGGCGCAGGAAAGAUGUUCACGUCAGGUAUCGACCUCAUGGACAUGGCUUCUGACAUCAUGCAGCCACACGGGGAGGACGUAGCCCGCAUCAGCUGGCACCUCCGUGACCUCAUCUCCAGAUACCAGGAGACAUUCAGUGUCAUCGAGAAGUGCCCCAAGCCCGUGAUUGCAGCCGUCCAUGGGGGCUGCAUCGGCGGAGGCAUGGACCUCAUCACCGCCUGUGACAUCCGCUACUGCGCCCAGGAUGCCUUCUUCCAGGUGAAGGAGGUGGACAUUGGUAUAGCAGCUGAUGUGGGGACACUGCAGAGACUGCCCCGAGUCAUUGGGAGCCAGAGCUUGGUCAACGAGCUGGCCUUCACUGCCCGCAAGAUGCUGGCUGACGAGUCCCUGAGCAGCGGGCUGGUCAGCCGGGUGUUCCCAAACAAGGAGGCCCUGAUGGAGGCCGCCUUUUCCCUCGCGGCAGAGAUCGCCAGCAAGAGCCCGGUGGCCGUGCAGGGCACCAAGGUCAACCUGGUCUACUCUCAGAGCCACUCGGUGCCCGAGAGCCUCAAUUUCAUCAGCUCCUGGAACAUGAGCAUGCUGCAGACGGAGGACAUCAUCAAGUCUGUCCAGGCCACCAUGGAGAAGAAGGAGCUAAAGAGCGUCCCCUUCGCCAAUCUCUGAGAGACCACCGGCAGCCGGCUGGCCGGGACCCAGCCCUGCCCAUCUGGGCACCUUCCCACCCAGUCUUCCAGUCUAGAGCUUCCCAGUGAACCUGGGUUUGUUCUCCUGCCCUUACCGUGGCCCUGUGAACAAUAAAAGCAUUUCAAGAA